AUGCUCUCAUCGUUGGCAGCAGAACAUGAUGGAACCUCGUCCCUCUCUGCAAUCAAAGCACUCCCAGGGGGUGACACAGGACCACUAGUUGGUAACUCAGAAGAACGGACCCAUCAUCUUUCUGAAGCCGGUUCUCUGUCCGCAAACCGUGUGCGUCCUGGGACCCUUCUUCCCAGCUCCAGAAGGUAUUCUUUGUACCAGGACUCAUGGAACCUUAAUAAAUACUGGUUCCUGAUGUCCAUUGCUUCCACGAGCCUUUUUUCUACUGGCUGGUACUGCAGAAGCGAUGUCAUUUUGUUCAAUCGCAACAACAGCCCCGGACUCUUGUUGGGCCUAAACGAGAUAGAAUAUAGAAGUAAAGUAAACAGAUAUUUGUCAAUGCCAUCAACAAUGUCCCAUGCAAAAGGCCCUGAAGAUGUGGAAGAGUUGGCUGCUCGUUUGGAUCGGGAGUUUGAUGAAUUUCUUGAUAAAAUGAUUAAGCAGUCUGAUGCUAAACGUCAGUCAGGGACCCAAGUCCAAACAUAUGAAGAAAUUGAAGCUGAAUUAGAAAAUCAUCCUGCAUUUCUGAAGGAAGUUGACCCGUCAAAGCCACUUCACCCUGCUUUAGAGGCUCUGCAGGCCCUGAAAUAUGAAAGUGAAGAUCCAACAAUGUGUGCUGAGAGUUUCAAGGAAGACGGCAACAUUUUGUUCAAGAAGAAAGAUUUUAAGACAGCAAUUGAUAAUUACACAGAAGGCAUUAAAUCCAAAUCUCCUGACAAAUUACUGAACGCUAUUUUGUACAGCAAUAGAGCUGCUGCUCAGUUUCAACAACGUAACUUUGGUUAUGCUUUACAAGACUGUGUUAUUUCUUGUAAAUUCAAGCCUGACUACAUUAAAGCCUAUGUCAGAGGCACACAAUGCUGUUUGGAACUUAAAAAGUUUUCUGAAGCUGUGAUAUGGUGUGAAGCAGGAUUAAAAUUGGAUCCCAAAAAUGAAAAACUCUCUGCGAUUAAGACCAAAGCCAUAAAAUUAAAGAAAGUGCAAGAUCGAGAUCUUCGCAAGCAACAGUUGAUAGAAAAAAAAGAAGAGGAAGCUGAACAGAUUUUGUUGGACAAAAUUCAGCAAAGAGGCAUUAAACUGGCAACAUUGAAAGAAUCAGGAGAAACUGAAAUUUCUAAAGCAUUAACCUUGAAAGAUCUUGAAGGGCACAAUCCUGGUGGGGCCAAAGUUCAUAUGGACGAGCAUGGAUUCCUGAAUUGGCCUGUGCUCUUCUUGUAUCCUGAGUAUUCGCAAUCAGAUUUCAUUGAAAGAUUUUGUGAAAAUAGCUGUUUCUUUCAUCAUAUUUGUCAUAUGUUUGGUGAGGAAAGCGUCCCUUGGGAUGAAGAAAGAAAAUAUCAGCCAAAAAAUAUUGAGAUAUAUUUUCAAGAAUUUAACACUGAUGUCCUUUACCGCAUUCCACCAAAGAAAACUCUUGCUGAAAUUCUGCCUCAUAAAAAGUUUUACAUUAUUGGAGGAACUCCUUCGUUCAUAUUGCUCAUCGCCAAAUCAAAAUUUCAGGAAGAAUUCCUUAAAAACUACGAGUUGAAAUCUCUAUAA